AUCCCCAUUCUGGCCACGGCCAAUAUACACACUCCUAACCUGCUGGUGGAACUCCAUCUAAGGAACGACCACACUCCCAGUCUGGUAUCAUAGACCAUCAAGCACACAACGCUCGGACAUGGCUGACCAACUAACAGAGGAGCAGAUUGCAGAGUUCAAGGAGGCUUUCUCCUUAUUCGACAAGGAUGGCGAUGGCACCAUCACCACCAAAGAGCUGGGCACUGUCAUGAGGUCGCUGGGCCAGAACCCCACAGAGGCCGAACUGCAGGACAUGAUCAACGAGGUGGACGCUGACGGUAAUGGAACCAUUGACUUCCCAGAGUUCCUGACCAUGAUGGCUAGAAAAAUGAAGGACACAGACAGCGAGGAAGAGAUCCGUGAGGCUUUUCGAGUAUUUGACAAGGACGGAAACGGCUACAUCAGCGCUGCAGAGCUCCGUCAUGUCAUGACAAACCUGGGUGAGAAGUUAACGGACGAAGAAGUGGACGAGAUGAUCAGAGAAGCAGACAUUGACGGAGACGGACAGGUCAACUAUGAAGAGUUUGUACAGAUGAUGACUGCGAAGUGAAGCUUGCCCGCCCUGUCCUUGUCCCCUCAUAGAAAAAAACAAAACAAAAAAAAACAAAAACAAAAACCCGGAUUAAAAAAAAAAAUCAAAAUGUUUUACUUACCUCUUGGAAAAAAUGUUCAUUUAUUCAUACUGUUUCUGUAUAGAAAAUAAUUGAAUGUUGAAAUAAAAUAUCCUUCUGUCCACACAGGAAAAAAAAAAGAUACAAAAAACAACUGCAUGAAAAUGAUGGUUAGUGAUCCUGUCCCCCCUCCCCCUGGAGAUCAGUUUAGCACCAGUACUAAACAAGGAAAAAAACAAAAACAACAAAACACAAAAAAAACAACCCUUAAUUAUUACCUUCAAACUGAAGUAAAAGGCAUUUGGCGAACUCCUUCCAGUUCCAUUUGCUAGUGGUAAAUGUUUGGGCUGGCCAUCUCUUCUCUUCUUCUGUUUUCUGUUCUUCAUGCAUGCAGCUUGAGACCGGAGCACUAACCCACUCCUUACCCCUCCUCACCACCCGCCCCCUCUCCUUGCCCCCCCACCCCCUCUCCUUGCCCCCCCCCUCCCUCCGGGCUACCAGAGCGUGCUGAUUCCACUAUAAGCUGUCCUCUUGUUGGUUUGGUACAGUUUUUUUGUAUUGGAAGAGGAAUCCUGUACUGUUAAGAUGAGAGAUUAUACCAGGUUCUUACUUAAAAGCGGAAAGUGGAAUGAGAUUUAAUUGUAUGCUAGAUAAAAAGAGACAAAAAAAACAAUGUAAAAAAAAUUUACAUUUUCAAAUGUUUGGCAUGUUUUGUUUUUGUUACGUUAUUUGGACGGCCAUCUUACUAGUUGUGCAUCCUGCCCUUUUAAAGGGGGCGGGUUAAGAGUCUUACGGUGAGCUUUAUUUUCUUUUUCUUUUCUUUAUUUUGCUGAGAUGGAGUGUCUGUCCUCUUUCUGGCAAGAGAGAAUCACUGGCCUUCACUUUUUUUUUCUUCUUCUUCUGUUUCUCGACUCAGACGCAAGCAUAGUGGGGGGUGUGCUGUUUCCACAGCACAUGCUGUGCAGCACACGGGUCUUCGCGACUGUUCAUCUGAGUUCAGUUUACAUUCAUUCCAAGUUGUACAUGCUAGUCUUUAUUUUUUUUUUUUCAAAUAAAAAAAGACCAUGAACUUUA